UGAAGGGCAGCAAAAAGCUCUCUAUGUCAGUGCGUUCUGUAGGCCGUAUCCCAGGUGGCUAUAUCACAAAUCAUGUCUACACCUGGGUGGAUCCACAGGGGCGCAGUGUGUCCCCACCACCUGACCUGCUGGCUGAGCAUCGCAGCGCCACUCUGCGCAGGUCUAACAGUCAGGGCCGCAGCCACAUGCAACUUCUGCAGGACGGCGAUGAGAAGAAGGUAAAUUUGGUGCUGGAUGACGGCCGUUCUCUGGGUCUCAUGAUCCGUGGAGGGGCUGAAUACUCUCUGGGUAUCUACAUUACGGGUGUGGACAGAGGGUCUGCAGCGGAGUGUGGAGGACUAAAGGUGGGAGAUCAGAUCCUGGAGGUGAACGGACGGAGUUUCCUCGGCAUCCCACACGAUGAGGCCGUGCGAGUGCUGAAGUCUUCACACCAUCUGAUGAUGACUGUGAAAGAUGUCGGGCGACUGCCUCAUGCCCGCACCGUAGUGGGCGAGACCAAGUGGAUCGCAAGCUCGCAGAUCACAGAUAGUUCUGCCAGCAGCAGUGUCACAGGCCUCUCUCUGGACCAGGGAGCAUCAGCAUCAGUAAAGGGUGGCUUUUAUAAAGGUGUGGCGGGAUCUCAGGUGACUCUGUCUAGUUUGGUGAACCAGAGCAGGGCUAUGCUAGAGGAACAGGCUAGACAUCUGCUGACUGAACCUGAGAGGCAGACCAUGGGCUACUACAUCCAAGAGUAUCGUGAUGGUCACAUCGGUGUUGAGCAGCUCGUCAUGGCCCUCUUUGAGCUGUUCAAUACACAUGCCAAGUUCUCUCUGCUGUCAGAAGUGAGGGGGAUCGUGACGCCUCAGGAUGUGGAGAGAUUUGACGGCCUGGUUCUGAGACGAGAGAUUGAAGCCCUGAAGGCUAGGCAAGGGGGAGCUGGAUUUCAAGACUCCUUCUCCAUGGUCUCGUACCCUGAUACGCUAGCCUCCUCCUCAGCCAGCUUCAUGACCAACACCACCCUCAGCUCUGCACGGGAAAGACUGCUCUGGCUAAUAGAUAUGAUGGAGAACGACGGUGUGGCAGAGAACAACGGGGAACAGUCUCUCGAGCGUAGCAAUGCCCUGCCAGACAUCUCUCUGCCGGGUCUGUUGGAACCGACCUCCUCUCUAGUGAGGGUGGCAAAAAGUGCCAGCACUCUGGGCAUCGCAAUAGAAGGCGGGGCAAACACACGUCAGCCCCUCCCACGCAUCGUUACCAUACAAAGAGGUGGUUCGGCUCAUAACUGUGGACAGCUAAAGGUGGGUCAGGUAAUCCUAGAGGUGAAUGGAGUGUCUCUCAGAGGAAAGGAACAUCGGGAAGCUGCACGUCUCAUCGCGGAGGCCUUUAAAACCAAAGAGAAGGACUACAUUGACUUCUUGAUCACAGAGUUUAACGUGGCUCUAUAGGAGCGUUCGAGUCCCAUGAUGCUGACUGCGGCGAUGGAAUAAAAGAGCACUGGGACAUAUCGUGACAUGUCUUGCCAUGAUUAACCCCCAGAAUCCUUUUACAUGGUACACUUCAGCUCAUCCUCUCCUGUGAUGUUUUGAAACCAGUCACUGUUUGAAAGGCCAUCCUGUGUGGAUCAACCCCAUGUUGACCUUUCCAGCAGGAAAAUGCCAGGAUAGAGCAAAAGUUCAGUCUGUUCUGGCCGGUUUGUUUUAGAUGAUAGGACCAUCUUUUCAGUUGGCUUAUUCUUUGAGUUUCUAUAAUGAAAUUUGGUCACCUGACCGCAAUAUGGCAAGAGACUCUUCAUCAAGCUUGGAUCUGUGUAGUGUUUUUGAUACACGAUACCGUCAUGUUCUGGUGUGAGAGUCUGUGUGAACGUGUCAUGGAAAUCAUCAUUGUUUUUUAAAGUCAUAGCUAUUUUAUAAGAAAUAUGUGCAAAUGGAUAAAAUGUGUUUAAAAUAUAUAUGUAAAGUUUAAGAGGUGGACAUAACUACUGAUUCUAGUAAAUAGUGACUAACCCUAUAGAAAUUCAAACUAAUGUGCUUCUCACUACAGUUUGCUGUGAGCAGAACUGCUGAAACAUCUGUCAUCUGCCUUUUUUUAACUAGUCAGCUGGUUUCAAUGUUUGAUUAUUGUUUGUGCUGUUUUGCAGGUUUUUUUUUUUUUUUUUUUUUGCGUCAGGCAGUAAUUACUAAACCAUGGCAAUCAGUCAUUAGGACAGAAAUGCUGGAGUCCUCAGAGACAGAACUCUGUUCAAAUACCUAUAGUGAGCUGCCUACGUAGACAGCAAUUUAAGACAGCAUAGGCACUUCUGAAGUGAAGAGAAGAGCUUGUUUUGGACAAAUUUUAAUGCAGCAACAUGUGCAUCAGGGCUCAACAAUAAGGAAUGCUCACUGUCCCAUACCGUUCAAAAAUUUGGCAUCAUAAGUUUUUAAUGUGUUUCAAAGAGGUCUCUUAUGCUCAUUAAGGAUGCUUUCAGUUGAUCAAAGAUAAGAGUAAAAAAUGUAAUAUUGUGAAAUACUAUUACAAUUUAAAAUGUAAUUUAUUCCUGUCAUGGCAAAGCUGAAUUCAGCAUCAUUACCCCAGUCUUCAGUGUCACAUGAUCCUUCUGAAAUCAUUCUAAUAUGCCGAUUUGCUGCUUAAAGGCACAAUAUGUAAGAUUUUUAUUUUAAAAUAUCCAAAAACCACUUGCACAGUGUUAUAAGUACACAGCUUAAUGAAAUAUAUAUUAUCCUAAAUGUUUCCAAGAAUUUGUAAAUUCAGAGAAAUUUGCAAUUUUAAAUAGUGCCCAUCCCUGCUUGUCACUUGUCGCCUGUCGAUGUCGUAAUAUCUGCGUUAUCCCUGGUUUCCUUGUACUGCAUAGUAACCAUGGCAACAGACGUUGCUUCUUUCAAACAUUAUGAUCCAUGGCAAGCAAACUUUGGGACAAAAGGAGAAAUAAAUGAGGAUCAAUAUCGGCGUGGUGUUUCCGAAAUGGUGAGAGCUUUGCGACAACUUUGACUUGACAGACUCCGCUCUUGCACGUUAUUAGACAAGGUAAGCAAAUGUAGCCUACAUAAGACGAAUCAAUGUUAUAUAGCUCAACACGAUGAAAUGUUAGAAUAUCAUCAGUAUGAUAUUCUGAUGUUGAUCUAGCUUACUGUUAGUCUCAUACAGCCAAUAAACUAAUACACAGAAUAACAUUACAACUUUCAACGCACUCAAAUGCAGUUUAGUAUGAUAGUGUAACGUGAGACCAAGUGAAACAGUGCUGCGUUACCUCACAAAUUUAAUUCGUCAAAUAAACUGACCUGAAUGAGUAGUAUUUCAGCUUUGCGAGUAGUUCGGUAUAAAAUGUCCUUUAAAUCCCCAGAUAUCAGUGUGGUACUGAUAUCUGUCUCUCAUUAGCAAUCGCGACCACGAUUCUCGGCCACGCCCUGCUUCAUACCACAGUCAUGUUAAAAACAUGACUGCAUUCAGUCAUCCAUAAACAUUAUUUCCCCAUAAACAUUAUUAGAUCCAUCGGAAUGACGACAAGUUCCGUGAUUCCACGCUCAUUCCCUGCGUCAUCAAUCUACGACUUUGUUAAUGUUUUGAAGAGUUUAGCGACCCCUAGCAGCGAAAAAAACAUACUGUGCCUUUAAGAAACAUUUAUUAUUGUUAUCAAUGUUGAAAACAGUUGUGCUGCUUAAUAUUUUUAUUGAAACCAUUUUUUUUUUUCAGGAUGCUUUGAUGAAUAGAAAAUUCAAAAAUGUUUAUUGUCGCUUCUGAUGUAUUUUAGUAUUAUUUCUUUCAAAAACAAAAAUCUUACUGACCCCAAACUUUUGAAUAGUAUCAUUAUUUUCCAGUAAAAUUGUAUUUGAAUUUAUGGCUGUCUUGGCAUUUCCUGUAUUAUAAUUAUAUUAUAUAAUUAUAUUAACUGUAUAAUUUCUAGAUAUUAUUGCCAAUUUUUUGUAAAAAAAUAAUUAGUCUAUGAUGAAAAUGUAAUUUUAUAAUAAAUUAUAUAUUUUAAUAUUUAUUUAUAAUUUUAAAUGUAUAUUAAAUAUUGCAUGUAAACUUUGUAUAAAAUUAAUUAUAAAAGUAAAUAUAAAAUUAUACACACAUUCAUAUUUAAAAACAAAAAUAUAUAUAUACAUUUUUUGUUUUGGGGCCAGUAAAAACAUUAGCAGGGAAAGUAGAAAUCAAAACUACUGGCCUGACCUGGACAGCAGAAAAAAAAACUUACUGUUGAGCUCUGAUUUAUCCUUCAUGUAGAAGGCAAUUUCAGAAUAUGAAAUAUUGGAUAUUUUAAUAUUUAAAAAAAAAAUAUUUCAAAAUCGAAUUGAUUCAGUACUGCUUAAAAAUAUUAAGCCUAGCAGCAUACUAAUGCCAAACUAUUGAAAUCAAUUGCAAAUCGAGUCUCCUAUUCAGUCUGUGCAUGCUAUUCGAGUUUGUGCCUACAUAGAUAACUCCAAAUCAUUUAAAGGGUUAGUGCACCCAAAAACAUAGGUAACCAGACAGUUGAUGGACCCCAUUGACUUCCAUAGUAUUGAGGGAAAAAAUACUAUGGAAGUCAAUAGUGACCAUCAACUGUUUGGUUACACACAUUCUUCAAAAAAUUAGUGUUCAGCAGAAGAAAGAAACUCAUGCAGGUUUGGAACAACUUAAGGGUGAGUAAAUGAUGACAGAGAACUUUCAUUUUUGGGUGAACUAUCCAUUUAAGUUUCAGCUAGGAUGCUUCCUAUAUAGGCCACAAGACAGCAAGGCAGCUCACUAGGUUUUGGGAAGAGCCUUUGACAACACGCCAGCAUUGUGAGGAGUCUCAGAAUGAAAAAUCCUUUCAGAUUUAUUUAGAUGGAGCAAGAAAAUGAGGAGACCCUUUAUCCAGUUAUGAGAGGCGAAGCAGGAACUUGACAUUGCAAUCAGAGACAAGCAGCCAUUGAAACUAAUGAAAAGUUUAGAUCUUCCGCGAGGGAUCUGAUUGAUGCAUUUAGAAAAAGAAGAGAAAAAAAAGUUCAGACAGGGAAGAGGUGGCGACACAAAGCAACAAUGUGUCAGUCAUGUUAUAUAAGAGGGAACGAGUGGGAGAGGAAAUUGAGAAAUGGUGUUAUUGUAAUGUGUGUGUGAGUGUCUGGCUUUGAAUGCUGAGGCAGUGUGUGAAACAGUUCCACAGAGCCGACGUGUGUGUGUGUGUGUGUGUGUGUGUGUGUGUGUUCUACUUGAAUCUUUGAAAUAUUGACUAGUGCAAGCACAGGACUGCUCAUUCCCACCUGCCCACCUUCUCUAAUAUGACAGCCCACCUAGAUCACAUGCGCCACCAUUUUCAGUCCUCUACUAACCCUCACACAGUGUGUUGCUUGUUAGACUCAGACAUUUGAACAGUGUAUAUAUGGUAUAUCUAUAUAUUUUAAGUAAAUUAUUUGUAAGAAAUGAUAAUAUGAUCUUGAAAUCUUUUCCUUUGUGUACCAAAGGUGCUCAGAGGAAAGACAUGCAGGCAAGUCUGAAUGACUACCAAUUUAAAAAAGUGUUGCAUCUAACAAACCUAAUGGAUUUGCUGCUCUGAUUUUAUCUCUUGUUUGUUUGCUUAUUGCAUAUUUGUUUUAUCCUCAUCUCUUUUACUUCCCACAGUUGGGUAUAUGUGCACUUGAAUAAGUCAUCUGAAUGCAGUAAAGCAUUUAUCCAGUGAAAUCUUCUUCCUUUAAAAA